UCGAGAGGGAAAGGAAGGGCUUUGGGACUGAGUCAGAGGCGAGAGUGAGUGGUUGGGCACUGAGCCUUUCAGCCUGGAUCAUUGGUAGCAGAAGCAGGAGCUGCCGCAGAGAUGCUCGCCUGCCUUUUCCUGGGACUCGGGCUCUCCGCCUUGGCCUGGAGGGUCGCCCAAGGGGAGCCCCUGACAGCUACUGCCUGCCCUGGAGGCCAAUCCUGGAGUCUUGAUUUGGAGAAAUGUAUGGAUUGCGCUGUGUGCCGAUUCCAGAACAUGAAUGACUUCUGUUCUUCGUGUAGAGACCCUCAACCUCCAGACACAUUCAACUUGUGGCUUUUUGUGGGAGUGCCUUUGGCAGCUGUCUUUCUGAUGAGUCUUAUUGUGGGCAUAGUAACCUAUGUCCGCUGUCGGCGGCGGGAAAAGUUCACCACCCCCAUUGAGGAGACCGGAGGACACUCCGCUCAGGAAUCGCUGAUACACUGAAGAUCUUUCCCGCAACAUUUCAAAUGAAAGAAGAAAUGUCAACUUUCAUUACCUCUGGCUUUUCCUGAAGAUACCAGGAGGACAUUUUCCUUUGUCCUGGAGUUCAGGGCCUUACAUUCAUUUGCGCUCAUAGAUGGGCACAUGAGAAGGUGAUGCUCUGUGAGGGCAACUGCUCCGGUGCCUUGUAAACAUUUCAGGAAAAACAAGACAAAAAGUAUUGGUGAUCCCUUUUGUAAAGGCACAUCAGCCUUCCCCAUCAAUUUUUUUUUUGGCUUCUGGGAAGGAGCAAAAGGGAUCAGUUAAAUCUUCCAGGAUCUAAUGCCUCAUAUUGAGGUGCUUGAUUUUUCAUAACUGGGAUACAGCUGUGGGGAACCUUGCAGCUCCCACAUCCUGGAAGACUGCUGCUGUGACAUUUCCCUCUAGGGAGCAGCUUAAAGCAAAUAUAAAUGUGAUUUCCUCCAUGAUUUAUAUGCAGUCGGCUCUCCACAUGAGUGGAUUUAACUUGCGGGAUUAUUUGGAAGUUGACCAUAGCUAGAGAUUCCUAGUGAAAACAUUUCUCUGGGGUCCUUCAGCACAAGGCUAUAGUCAGUGCCUGAUGGAUGUUGACAUUAAAGUCAUGAUAGAAGACCUAGAGCAGUUGUUCUCAAC